GUGUGCCACCUCUCACCGGUUCCGGGUAGCAGAAACAGAGUUUGUUCCUGGAGCUGCCUGUGUUUUGAAAGGAUAUCGAAAACACAUGUUGUUUUGUUGUCAACAACGUAAUUAUUGAUUAAAUAUCAAAACAUGGCGGUGAACACAGGCACAUCCCUGGUUCUGUCCAGUCUGUUCUCUGUGUUGGUGUUUGCUGGGAUGCAGAUGUUCAGCAGACAGCUGGGCUCUACAGAGUUGCUCACCAUCCUGGGAGGCUUCCUGGGCUCUGUCCUCUUCAUCUGCUCCCUCACAGCCUUCAGUAACCUGGAAAACCUCAUCUUCGGCAAGGGAUUCCAGGUCAAGAUCUUCCCAGAGAUCCUGGUGUGCCUGUGCCUCUCUCUGUUUGCCUCUGGGCUAGUGCACCGUGUGUGUGUCACCACAUGUCUGAUAUUCUCUCUGUUCGCCCUCUACUACAUCAACAAAGUGUCUACUGCUCUGUACCAGGCAGCUGUUCCCACGGUAAUGCCAGCCAAGGCUGCCAGCAAGGGCAAGAAAAAGAACUAAGUCACUAAUUAGAUCAAACUUUCAUACCGUCAUCCAAUCAGCAUCCACUACAACGGCUAACCAGGCAAGGGAGAAAUGGUGUAGGUUAGCCAAUGACAGUGUACCCCAGUUUCCUUUUUGUAGGUCGUGCCAACCAGCAUUCUUAGAUAUUUUCCUUGACUUCUUAACUCUAUGAUCACUGAUCUCCAAGGACUGGACACCUCUCAGCAGUAUAGAUAACCUGAGACCUACCCAGCUCAUCCAUACACUGUUCUCAGCAGUAUAGAUAGCCUGAGACCUACCCAGCCCAUCCAUACACUGUUCUCAGCAGUAUAGAUGACCUGAGACCUACCCAGCCCAUCCAUACACUGUUCUCAGCAGUAUAGAUGACCUGAGACCUACCCAGCCCAUCCAUACACUGUUCUCAGCAGUAUAGAUAGCCUGAGACCUACCCAGCCCAUCCAUACACUGUUCUCAGCAGUAUAGAUAGCCUGAGACCUACCCAGCCCAUCCAUACACUGUUCUCAGCAGUAUAGUUAGCCUGAGACCUACCCAGCCCAUCCAUACACUGUUCUCAGCAGUCAUGAGGCCUGGGGUGGAGGAAAGGAAGCAGUUUGGGAUCUAGCCAGAAUCAUGUCUCUACAUUCCCUACAUCAUCCCCAUGUACUCAGCACUUGUUUCAAAAUGCUUGUCUACAGAUCCAUACUUUUGAUUGACAUCCUUUUUGUUUUGGUAUGAAAACUUUGUUGUUAAUGAAUUUGUAAUUAAAACCCAUUGAAAAUA